UCCCCAAUGAUGGUGGAGCUUCAUCAUCUUGCUUGACAUCGCCCCUCAACAACAUCAAGCUGCUGCUUUCAUAGCUCUUCUCCUUCCAUUAAUCUCUACUGUUCAGGUCUCGCGGUCUGUGGAGAGGUCUUAAUCACGUGAAUGAUCAUCUAUCAUUCUCCCGAAAUGAACUGUCCAUGUGCAUGAUCCGAUGGAAUGGUCAGGAUUCACUUGAGCAUCGCCUCCUCAGUCGAGCUUGGCGGCGUCGUUCUCUCGGAUCAGGUCAACCAAGCGACUCGGACCUGAUCGUGUUGACCUCGACAUCUGGCUCGAGAGACAACACGAUUCAACGAGGGUGGUAAUUUGCCGCGGUGAUGUCCUGUGGAUAUCCACCUCAACCCUGAGAAUGGUUCUGGAGUCACUUGCCGCUGCUGCCAAGCAGAGUUCAAGGUAACAUCCCUCGACUUACGGAAUCGGAGAGGGUGCAAUUUCUACCGAAGGUUCUGAUGGUGCUGACGGAAGCAGAGACUUGAGGCGAUGAUGAGAUGGGAGCAGAAGGGAAGCUGCAGUCUGAACGGAGGAAAAAUGGCGUAAGGAUGCAAGAAAGUCUCCACAGUGAAUUCGAUGGAGAAGGUCUUGGUUAGGAGCUUGGAGAAGAAGCCAUGUUGGACUCGGAUGCUUGACUCCUGACCUUGUAGAUGGCUUCUGGAUGCCAAAGUCAUACCUCAUCUCCUCGGUCAUAGCCGUGCAUCAUAUUUGACAGCCUCCUGGUCUUCUAGAUGGCCUGCUCGGACCAUUCGGCUCUUCUGAUCUGCCAUCUAAAUCCAUGGAUUCUGCCCCUCUGUAACUCCUGAAGCUUCUCUUCUUCUCUUUCAUGGCUGCCAACAGGCCCUCCUUGAACCCGUCGGCGCCGCCGGAUGACGAUCCCGACGUGCUACCGAAGGCUGCCUCACGCUCGAGGAGCUCGUCGUCGUGGCAUCGUGCCGAAAGGAUUCCGUCGUCCAGUUCGAAUUCCGCUGUCUCCUUCGAGCGUUCGACGUCGAAGCCCGUCGCUUCUUUCCCCUCCAAGCGCUCCGACUCCGAGAAGCUCGGAUCGCAGAGGGAGAUCAGCGACGAUGACGCCCGGUUCGUGUACGUCAACGACCCCGGGAGGACCAACCAGCCCAUCAAGUUCGCCGACAACUCGAUCAGGACCACCAAGUACUCUGUCCUCACCUUCUUGCCCCGCAACCUAUUCGAGCAGUUCCACCGCGUCGCCUACGUCUACUUCCUCAUCCUCGCGGGGCUUAACCAGGUCCCGCAGCUCGGCGUGUUCACCCCGGCAGCUUCCAUCCUGCCGCUUGCCUUCGUGCUCGGCGUCACCGCGGUCAAGGACGGGUACGAGGACUGGCGGCGGCAUCGCUCCGACCGGGAUGAGAAUAACCGGACCGCCCAGGUCCUGGCGCCCGGCGGCGAGUUCCGGCCCAAGCGGUGGAAGGACAUCCUCGUCGGGGAGGUCGUCAAGGUCACCGCCGACGAGACGCUCCCCUGCGACAUGGUCCUGCUCGCCACCAGCGAUCCCACCGGCGUGGCCUACGUGCAGACCAUCAACCUGGACGGCGAAUCCAAUCUCAAGACCCGGUACGCGAAGCAGGAGACGCAGUCAACACCGCCGGAGUCGACCGCUGCCCUGAUCCGCUGCGAGAAGCCGAACCGCAACAUCUACGGUUUCCUCGCCAGCGCUGACGUGCCGGGCGAAAAGCGGGUCUCACUCGGCCCGUCCAACAUCAUCCUCCGGGGGUGCGAGCUGAAGAACACGAGCUGGGUCGUCGGCGUCGCAGUGUACACCGGGAAGGACACGAAGGUGAUGCUGAACAGCUCCGGCGCGCCGUCGAAGCGGAGCCGCCUCGAGGCGCACAUGAACCGGGAGGUAAUCCUGCUGGCCGUGGCACUGGUAUCUCUAUGCUCCAUCGUCACGGUGCUCGCCGGCGUGUGGCUCGCCAACCACCACCACGAGCUCAACGACCUACUGUACUACCGGAAGGAGGACUACUCGGGCCCGAAGACGGACACCUACAACUACUACGGGGUGGGGUGGGAGACGGUGUUCAGUUUCCUCAAGUCAGUGAUCAUAUUCCAGGUGAUGAUUCCGAUUGCGCUCUACAUAUCGAUGGAGCUGGUGAGGCUGGGGCAGGCCUUCUUCAUGAUCCAGGACAAGAACAUGUUCGACGAGGGGAGCAAGACGAGGUUCCAGUGCAGGGCGCUCAACAUCAACGAGGACCUCGGGCAGAUCAAGUAUGUGUUCUCCGACAAGACGGGGACACUCACGGAGAACAAAAUGGAGUUCCGGUGCGCCAGCGUUGGCGGGGUGGACUACAGCGCCGCAAGUGAUGGUGAGGAAGACGGACACUCGAUUACAGUGGACGGGGAGAUCUGGAGACCGAAGAUGAGCGUGAAGACCGAUCCGGAGCUGAUGAAUGCGUUGAUGGGCGGGGAAGGAAUCGAGAAGGCCAAUCGUGCUCGUGAUUUCUUCCUUGCGCUAGCGACCUGCAACACCAUCGUGCCCAUACUGGUCGACACGCCGGAGCCAUCGCUCAAGCUCAUCGACUACCAGGGCGAGUCGCCCGACGAGCAGGCCUUGGUCUAUGCUGCUGCUGCUUAUGGUUUCGUGCUUAUGCAGCGCACCUCCGGGCAUAUCCUCAUCGAUGUGCUCGGUGAAAGACAGAGAUUUGAUGUUUUGGGCCUUCAUGAAUUCGAUAGCGAUCGAAAGAGGAUGUCAGUGAUAAUUGGCUGUCCUGAUAGAACAGUGAAGCUAUUUGUGAAAGGUGCAGACAAUUCAAUGUUUGGAGUUGUACAAAAGAACCUAGAUUUGGACAUCAUUCAUACAACCAAAACAAAUCUCCAUUCCUAUUCAUCUUUGGGUCUGAGGACAUUGGUGGUUGGCAUGCGUGAAUUAAGUGAACACGAGUUCAAGAAGUGGCAGUCUGCAUAUGAGAAUGCAACUACAGCUUUGAUCGGCAGGGGGAAGUUGCUAAAAGCUAUCGCAUCAAAUGCUGAAAGAGAUCUUCACAUCUUGGGUGCCUCUGGGAUUGAAGAUAAGCUCCAACAAGGUGUACCAGAAGCCAUAGAAUCCAUGAGGCAAGCUGGCAUCAAGGUUUGGGUGUUGACAGGGGAUAAGCAAGAAACUGCCAUCUCCAUUGGCUAUUCUUGCAAGCUUCUAACAAGUGAAAUGACUCAGAUUGUGAUCAAUAGCAACUCCAGGGAAUCCUGUAAAAGGAGACUGCAAGAUGCAGCUUCCAUGUCCAGCAGACUAGCAGGUGCAGGAUCUGCAAAGUCUCCUCUGGCUUUGAUCAUUGAUGGCACCAGCCUUGUCUACAUUUUGGAGACAGAACUGGAAGAAGAGCUAUUCAAAGUGGCCACGACAUGUGAUGUUGUGUUGUGCUGCCGUGUGGCUCCAUUGCAGAAGGCUGGAAUUGUUGCUCUCAUAAAGAACCGAACGGAUGACAUGACCCUUGCAAUUGGCGAUGGUGCAAAUGAUGUCUCAAUGAUCCAAAUGGCUGAUGUUGGGAUUGGCAUAAGUGGCCAAGAGGGAAGGCAAGCUGUCAUGGCCUCAGAUUUUGCUAUGGGACAGUUCAGGUUCUUGGUGCCCCUCUUGUUGGUCCAUGGACAUUGGAAUUACCAAAGGAUGGCCUACAUGAUCUUGUACAACUUCUACAGGAAUGCUGUGUUUGUCUUCGUCCUAUUCUGGUAUGUGUUAUACACUGCGUAUAGCUUGACAAGCGCAAUAAGCGAAUGGAGCAGUGUCUUGUAUUCUGUGAUCUACACUGCACUGCCAACCAUCAUCGUUGGAAUCCUUGACAAGGAUCUUAGCAGGAAGACAUUGCUGAAGUACCCCCAGCUCUACAGGGCAGGGCAGAGGGAUGAAAGAUACAACCUCAAGUUGUUCAUCUUCACUAUGAUGGAUUGCAUUUGGCAAAGCAUUGCUAUAUUCUACAUCCCUUAUCUUGCAUACAGACACAGCGAUGUUGAUAUAUCCGGCCUAGGAGACUUGUGGAUCCUUGCUGUGGUCAUUCUAGUGAACAUUCACUUGGCCAUGGAUGUGUUUCGGUGGAACUGGAUCACACAUGCAUCUGUAUGGGGUUGCAUUGCUGCAACAGUAAUAUGUGUCAUCAUCAUAGACUCCAUUUGGAUGCUACCUGGUUACUGGGCCAUCUUUAACAUGAUGGGGACUGGAUUAUUCUGGCUAUGCCUUCUUGGCAUCAUAGUAGCAGGGAUGGUUCCUAGGUUUGCAACCAAGGCUUUGACAGAGUAUUUCUUGCCUAGUGAUGUGCAGAUUGCAAGAGAACUAGAGAAGUUUCAGAAUUUAAAUGCAUCCACAAUAUUAGAAAUUCCAAUGAGCACAUUCUCAGACCCCCAGUGAUGAUCUACCCAUUGGAUUUUGUUCUUCCAAAAUUUUCAUUGGUUUUCUCUUCUUUCCCUGUGCAUACUACUACAUUCUUUUAGCUGAGAACCCAAUUUUUCACCGAUUGGUAACUGGUCAACCAUCCAAAAGGAUGGAUAGAUGGGUAAUCCAUCUGUCCUGUGUAUCUGUUUUACAUACAUACCUUGUUAAAUUGUAUUGUACAAGAUAGUGAAACCACACAUCUCAAUUUGUGUAUUAAAGUUGAGUUUUGUUACUACCCUUGUGUUUUGGAUACUUUUUUCUUGUUCACCAUAGUGAAUAUCUGUGUAUUUAAAGUUUUCAGAACAGUGAGGUAAAUUGUUGG